AUGAACUUGAAACAGUACUGUUGCUUCCUCUUAGAUGAAGGGCAAAGCAAAAUUCAGAUUGCUAAGAAGAACAGUAGGGAUUAUCCAUGGGAAAUGUACACCUUGAAGGAGUUGCUGAGAGCAACAAACAACUUUCAUCAAGAUAAUAAGAUUGGAGAGGGUGGAUUUGGAAGUGUUUAUUUUGGUCGAACAAGUAAAGGCGUUCAGAUUGCAGUGAAGCGAUUGAAGACAAUGACUGCUAAAGCAGAAAUGGAGUUUGCAGUGGAAGUGGAAGUAUUAGGAAGAGUGAGGCACAAUAAUUUGCUGGGAUUGAGGGGAUUCUAUGCAGGAGGAGAGGAAAGGUUGAUUGUGUAUGAUUACAUGCCUAAUCACAGCUUGCUAACACAUUUGCAUGGUCCACUUGCAAAGGAAUGUCAGCUAGAUUGGGCAAGAAGAAUGAGCAUAGCCAUUGGAGCUGCUGAAGGUUUAGCGUACUUGCACCAUGAGUCAACUCCUCACAUCAUACACAGAGAUAUAAAGGCAAGUAAUGUUCUUCUAGACUCUGAAUUUCAAGCCAAGGUUGCUGAUUUUGGUUUUGCAAAGCUAGUACCAGAUGGUGUGACCCAUCUCACCACAAAGGUUAAAGGCACCCUAGGAUAUUUGGCUCCAGAAUAUGCCAUGUGGGGAAAAGUUUCUGAGAGUUGUGAUGUCUACAGCUUUGGAAUUUUACUGUUGGAGAUUAUUAGUGCCAAGAAACCCAUUGAGAAAUUUCCUGGAGGAGUGAAAAGGGAUAUUGUUCAAUGGGCCAUACCAUAUGUCGACAAAGGUCUCUUCAACAAUAUUGCAGAUACAAAAUUGAAGGGGAAAUUUGAUUUGCAGCAGCUGAAAAAUGUGAUCACGAUAGCUCUUAGAUGCACUGAUAAUAGCGCAGAUAAGAGGCCUAGCAUGAAAGAGGUCGUGGAUUGGCUCAAGAAUGGUGUAGGGAGCACUUAG